CAGCAGGACUCCGAGCAUGGAGCCUAUAACGUCGUGGAGCGAGGAGAGAGUCGGCGAGUGGCUCCAAGGUCUGGAUGCCCCCCUGCAUCAGUACCCGAUCUCAGAGUGGCAUCUGUCGGGUCUGGAUCUGCUCCAGCUGACCUGUCAGGACCUGGAAAAGUUAGGAGUACAUAAGAUCGGACACCAGGAGCUCAUACUGGAGGCUGUGGAGAAACUCUGCUCUCUGACGUACGGUAUAGGAGGUGAGAACCUACGCAGUCUGACAGAGAAGCUGCGUGCCGUUUCCCACACCCUCCAGAUGGGCAUCCAGGGCCGCUGGCGCCUCAACAGCUACGAUGGACGCAGCACCACCAAGCUGCCUGCUGUCGUUCUGCAGCUUGUAGUGGAGCUCAUCAGCUCUGCCAAAGGACUCUUCUCUUUGCUCAACAGGUAUCAGUUUUCCCAGCUAAGUGGAUACACCUCCACCAAGAACAUAUUCAACUACUGCAGAGAGCUGGGAGACAUCGUCCACAAGGAUACCACUGUCUUUGAAAAGGAAAAGGACAUCAUAUCUGUAUGCCGUCAGUUGGUGUCUGUGUGUGAUGAGAUCCUGAAUUCCAGCCCUGAGACACUUCUUACCCACACUGCUCAGCUUGAGAGUGUCGACCUAGUGCCCGUGUCACCUGGUGAUCAGCUGGGGAUUGAGAUAACGUCCACCAGCUCCAGUAACCACUACGUGACCGGAACUGCUGCCGAGUCCUCAGAUGAUGCCUAUUUGAAGAUCUUGGCUGGUGAUGAAGUGAUUCAAGUCAACGACCAGAUAGUGGUGGGCUGGAGCAGAGCUAAGCUUGUGAAGAAGCUGCGAGAGAAUCCCAACGGAGUGACUCUGGUCCUGAAGAAGAUUCCUGGAUCAGUGCGACGCAGAAACCCAAAGGAGGAAGAGGAGAAAGAAGAAAGGUCAGAGGGGGAAGAGGAAGAGGAGAAUCCGAGGCACUCCAUAUUUGAGAGGGUAGCAGCUUCUGUCAGGUCCCUGUCUUUUAGGAAAGCAAUUCAUGGGCCAGAGGUACAUCAGCAGCCUAUGGGCCAGGAGGAAUUAGGGUUUUCCUCUGACAGUCAGCUGGAGAGGGGUCUGAAUCUCACUUCAUACCAAAGCCAACAGGGGGGGCUGUCACCACAGUCAGCCUCAGGGGAGUUUGAGAGUUUGGAAAGUUUGAGGCUCUCCCCAAGACUAAGACGAGACCAGUCCCCGUCACCCAGGAGUCCUUCUCCCCUAUCUCCCUUUGGGUCAACCGGAAUCAGAAGUCCUUCUCCCUUUGGCUCAAUCAGAAGUCCUUCACCUCAGGGAGUUGACCAGGAAACGUCCAGCAUUAGUUCCUGCCCUGAAAUGGUGGGACACACGGGCAAUAAGGACACAAACAGGAGCACUACAAAAGGUAAAAGAACGGCUAUGAGUCGGCGCCGUGUGUCCUGCCGCGAGCUGGGCCGACCCGACUGCGACGGCUGGCUGUGGAAGAAGAGAAAGGAGAGCAGCGUCUUCCUCUCCCAGAAGUGGCAGCGCUUCUGGUUCAUCCUCAAGGGGCCUUCCCUUUACUGGUACACCAGCCAACAGGAUGAGAAGGCAGAAGGUCUUGUCAAUAUAGCCAGCUACAACAUAGAGAGUGCUGGAGAGCACAAGAGAAAGUAUGUGUUCAAAAUGUGCCACCUGCGAUUUCAGAACUUCUUCUUUGCUGCUGAUAAUGUCAGCGACAUGGGCAAGUGGCUCAACUAUCUGAUCGCAGCCAUACAGAAGCAUAAGAAGUUCCACACGGGCCCAGAUAGUGAAGAAGAAUGUUACAGCGAGACUGAGUCAGAAACCGAGACGUCACCUUCACCCCGCAGAAGAGUCAAGGUCGGUACAAAAGUGCAGUCCCACACCCUGCCUCGCCCAAAGGGGAAGACGAACAAGGUGCCAUUAACAAGUCUUGUGACAGGGGGCAGCAAAGGAGCAGGACCAGUGGAUGAGAUGGGAAUGAUGUUAAACAACAUAAAGGAAGGAGGGGUCUCUCUGAUCGGCCACGAGCAGCCGUCCACACACGACCACUUCAGGAAAUCGUUCAUUAGACGCAACAAGAACCCCAUCAUCAAUGAGAAGGCUCACACGCUCCGGGCCCUUCAGAGCACUCUUAAGGCCAAAGAGGUGGAGCUGUUGCACAUCGACAAGAUCUUAGAGGACCCGGAUCUGUCAGCUUCAAAGUAUCGUCAGUGGAAGGAGCACAACGAGGAACUAGUUAAAGAAAUCGAGAGGCUGGCCGCACUCAAGGCCACCGACGGAGCGGACGGCACCAAAGGAGCGGACAGCACCAAAGGAGCGGACGGCGCAGAAGUGCAGGACACGCCCACUGAGGAGGUUGCCUCGGAAACCGUCGCUAUGGAAACAGCCUCCUCGGAGAUAGAAGGCGCGUACAGACUGAGCCUCAGCGACGGGGAGCAGCUAGUGGACGCGGAGCCGUCUGAUGUUCUCCUGGAGAUCCCACAGGGCUGUGCGAGCUCCAGUCCAGUGUUAGAACUUUCUCUGGGAUCGCUGCAGGAUUCAAUAAAUGAAAAGCUGAGUGAAAUGGCGGAGAGCGGAGAAGCCGCGGAGAACUACUUCUACAUUUAGGAGCACACUGGAGAAGUCACGUCACUGCAAAGUGGCUCCGUUUACUAGAACCAGACAAAUGAACGACGUUUUCCAUGGAGCAGUGUGAGAGAGAUAUCACCGUGCCCUCUGCUGACGUUAAAAUUAGUCAGAAUUGCCAUUAAAUCAGCACUUUAAUCAAGUAUGUCGGUGAAAGGCUUCAGUGCAGAUUUAGACUUGCUCACAACAAACACAUAUGACAAGUUUACAACAGAGAAAAGAACAAUUUGCCAAGUGUCGACCUGAGCUCCGUCUGUAUUUAUGUGACGCUAAGGCAGAUGAUGAUCUAAUGAUAGAAAGUAGAAAUUCUUAGAAUUCUUUCUAAUUUGUAAUAUAAGUGACGCCUUUUGUAAUGUGAUAUGUAUAUACAGUUUUACUAAAAAAAAAGAUACUGUAUACAUUUGUUUAUUGACAGUACCUUAAUAAAAGGUAUACAUUUGAAACAUUUUGCACAGAGAUGUUGCUUCUGAAACACUGUUAUAGCCCCUUGUUGGUCAAGGUGAUGUUAUUUUAAAGCCUUCUUGCCCCCGUGGAGAACACUGUGCACUUCACCACAUAAAUGGACGUACAGUAUGAAGCAUAUAGUUGAGCUGUAUGACAGCUCUGGGUCGGUGUUCCUUAUUGCCCAAUGCUGCUAUGAAUGCAGCAAGACAAGUGAAGACUUCUCAAUCGCUGAGAUAUCGUUUCACUGUAACAUCGAUCAGCUUAAUAAAAAGGGAGCGUGAUGAUCACUGAAAUGUGUUGCGAAGUUCCUGCUGUGGUUAGAGAUCAGGAUAACUGAAUGGGAAAUGACUGACAAAUCUUGAUAAAGCAGAUAUCACAUUUUUUUUUCUGCAUUUGUGUGUUUGUCUUUAUGUGUAUGUGAUUCAGUGUGAGACGCAGAGGAUUAUAAAAUGCCUUUUAUAUGUGUUUGUCCAUGUUUGUCUUUUGUGCAUGAAUAUCAGCAGCACUUGGGGUUUUGCAUCUUGCUCUUUGUGUGAUUCCUCUGCAAGCACUUCAAUAACUUCAAUGAAAAUAUAUAGAUUUUAGACUUUUCACACUUGUUGCAGUCUUAUGUUAAAAUCAUGUCAAUUCAAUUUUUCCCUCACUCAAUUCCCCCGAUAACGACAAUGUGAACAUAGGAUUUUAGAUUUUUUUUGCAAAUGUAUUUACAAGAAAAACUGAAAUAUCACAUAAGUAUUAUGUAUCUUAGUCCAGGAAGAGUCUGUUUGCUCCAAAUGUCUUCCAUCUAAGAAUUAUGGAGGCCAUUGUGCCUUCUGCAAUACUUCAAUACAACAGAAGACUUUUUCUAGCUUUGCCCAGAGCUGUGCCAGGAUACAAUCCUGUCUCUGAGUGUGGCCGGUAGAUCCUUCUAUCUCAUGGCUUAGUUGUUGCACUGAUAUGAAUCUUCAGCUGUGAGACCUACAGAUAGGUGUGUUGGACUUUCCAAAUCACAUGGCAGUGGACUCCUAUCAAGUAGAAACAUCUCAA